AUGUUGCUCGCCAAUGAAGUGGGAGUUUGUUGGGUUUCUCGGAAAGAAAAUGCCAUGGCCAUUGUUCUGGAGCCGAAGUCUUCUUACAACCUUAUAUCCCGAGCAGAAUCAAGCAAUAACAAACUUCUAAUGCACGUGAAAUUGACGGACUCUUGUCUACGAGCAUUAGAAGACUAUCAAUUGGCCGAGGUAUAGUCGUCUAGUAUCUUGCCAGCGCGACUUAUUUUUUAUCAGUUGUUUGUGAUAUGAUGAACGCAAGGCAUUGACUCUGUGCUGUUUCUUUCUCUAGUGUUCCCUGAUUUUAUUCAUUUUUUGGUCAUUUUUAUCGUUUAAUAGGUGUCCCCAAGAAGAAAGCCAAGUAUAAAAUUUUCAGGAUAUCAGGGGGUAAGUUCCUGGCCUCAAAUCUCGCGAUGUUUUUUUAUUCACUCAUUCUCGUCAUCUGUGUUUAAUUCUGUUUUUCCUGAUCAUCUUCGGUCAUAAUUAUGAGUUAGUCAGCUCGAGAAUGAAUAAAUCAUAGUAGCAGAUGUUAAUUCAGACACGGUGAAAACCUGCUGUACUCGAGAAUGUAUACACAGCCGCCUGCCCUUGAAAGUUUAUAUGUUUGCAGUUCGAACCAUCGAUCGAUUGUAGAAUCUGUAUUUAUAGAUUCUUACACUGUAGAAUUCUACGUCCUGUUUCUAAGUCAGAAGUUUAUUUUAAGCGUAAAUCUUCCCUAAGGCAAAUUAUAUGGGUUAUUGUUUGUUGAAAGGCUUUGAGUAUCUCUGAGAUCUUUUUGUUCGUUUAACAUGAAUGUAAAACAGAAAACAAUGUUUAACUGCAUGGAUAUGUACCUAAAGUGAACACGAACCAACUUGUAUUCUCACUGAACUUUUGGACCACACAGAGGGAAGAGUGUUCGUGUCAAAAAUUGUUUCAAUCAACCCUAUGUUAUUAUUGUUAUUAUUUUUAUAUUUUUCGACACCAAAAAUUCUAUAAUCACCGAGAGUCUGGGAAACUUACAUCCUCUUCAAUUAUUCUCGAAUGAACAAAAUUCAGUGCCUUUUUGAUCAUCAAUUCAAAUGUAUUUUUCUUAUAGCUUUUGCUUAAAUUUAAUAAGCAAAGCUUAUUAUUACAGGGCUGGCUGUUAAAAAUAUAUUUGAUUUGCUUCAAAAAGUGUUCUGUAUACUUUUAGGUUUUAGCGAGCUUCAAGGUAUCAUUUUUUUUAUGGUAAUGAUAUGAUAUGAAGCUGGGCUAUUAGAAUAUUGUAGUGUAUUUUUGAUAUCCUACAGCUGUAUUCAACACAUGUAAGGUGAUUGACAAAGUCUAUUUCUACAAAUAGCAAGUCUGUGUCUAUAAAUUGUUUCAUAAGCGUUUUCUUCAAAUGAAUUAAAGACAAAAUUGUAAAUGACUGUAUUGGACCCGGAGGGAAUCACUCCAUCAGAUCUUGAGUUAGUCUUCAGGCCUGGACAGAAAGAGAAACUGACCAAAAUCCAGAAAUGAGGGGUCGAGGGGUGAGAAGUCAUGCUGGUAUGGUUGGAUACAAUUGUCCAGGGCAUUAAUUUAUAACAGCUUCAAUUGACGGGUUUACUCUGGAGUCAUCAUGCUUGUUGUGUUUUUAAGAAAGAUACCACUGACAUUUAAACUCUAUUGAACUCUCUCCAUGGGAACCUGUUUUUCUGACUUGUAAUUUAGUUUUGCAACUUCCGGGUGAACUUUAAAUUAAUGACUUGCCUUAUCAAUUGGCUUUCAAUUGCCAAACUAAAAGAAAAUAAUUUUUAUUAUCUAAUGUAUUUUUUCCCUCUUCAGUCAAUAUUGAUUCCGCUUGGUAAGGCUGAUUCAGGAGAUGAAAACACAGCAGAGUUUCAGCUGGAUUGCUCAGCAAUCUUGUCUGCUGGACAGCAGGGUGGAAUGGAUUGUAUCCAACAGUCUGGAGGAAGUAGUGACAUCAGAACCCUGGGAGCAGUUACCCACAAAAUUACUGUCAGAGCUACAGAUGAUAGUUACCAGAUGACGCAGCAAAGAAUGAAAGAAGCUGAAGAAGAAAGGAAAGGAAUAAGGUAAGGAAGUGAAUUCAUUUUAUUUGUGGCUUAUUCCAGGCCCCAUCUGACUCAGGGUGCUUCAAAUUUGGAGCUUCUUUCAGUUCUUUUGUAAUCUCUAAUGAUUCUUUAUACUGUCUUCUGUACAAUUCUUAUGAUGUUAGUUCAGAGAAGUUGAUAUUGGAUCAAGUAAUAAUCCCUUAUUGAUAUUUUUAUUAAUUCUCAUAACUUGUCUUCUUGAUAUUGUAUUGAUAUUGUGAGGAGUAAUUCUGUUUUGGUCACUUAGGGAGUUUAAGGGUUUAUACCUAAAUUUGUGGAAUGCCAGUUUCUAAGCUAGCUGUAGCUUGAAAGAAAAACAAACAUGCAAAUAAACAGCUAUCAAUUGAAACUAUCUGGCACUUUGAUCCCAAAAACCCUCUCCUCCUUGCUUACUGCAUGAUAUGUACGCAGGAAAUGUCUCUUGGUUACUACUUCAUGAAGUUACAUGUUAAGCACUUCUGGAAAUUAAAGGGUUCAUUUAAAUGCUUUGAUAUAGGUGAAAUUAUUUGUCUCUUUGUUUUUCAUAGGACAAUGAAAAUCUCAGAUUGUCUGUGGGUGGUAGGGCUUUUUAGUUCAUAAAGCAUAGCUAGAGGUCUAUAACCUGCAAAAUAGAUGGGAUAGGUUUAAUUUUUCAUAAUUUUUUGGAAUGUAAAGGUAUCACUCAAGGCUGUGAUUUCCCCUCCAAAGUUGAGGUCAUUUCAAACAAGUCCCUGCAUUCACCUAUAGUUAAUCUCAUCCCAAGCAAUGAGAUAAAUGGGUAUUUAAUAUACUGUAUUUGUAAGUGCCUGUUAAAAGGAAUCUUAAAAAAUGAUAUCAUUGGCAACAAUUCUUGGCCUUGUCUUUCUUUUGUAGCACAAAAGUAAUCAAUACACCAAAGAAAGGUGAGAUGUUGAAAUAAAUAUUCUUGUUUCCUUAUCAUGAAACAUUUUACAAGGUACUGCACGCCUUAAGGAGCCAUCUUCACAUGUUAUGUAGUCAUGUAAUUACAAUAUGUAUGUUAAUAUGACUCGAAUGUCAUUUCCAGGAAGUAGAAAGGUUUUCAAGGGUUAUAAGCAAACAAACAAUGUAAUGGCUGCCAUGAAAAGACAAAUUAAAUCUGGUCCAGGAGCAAAGGUUUCAAGUGGACCCAGUAAAACCCUCAGGUACAGUAUAUGUUUAUACAGAUAACAAAAAAUGUUAUUUUAAAUAAAUGAUUUCUGAGUUUGGAAACUAACUACAUAAUGUUCCUGAAAUUUGUUGUAUGUUAGUCAGAAUGUGCACCUUUGAGUUACCUAAUUUAUCUUUUAUCAGGGGAAUUGCAUAAUCCUUUAUGCCUUAAUAUCAGUAUCCAUAUUCUUGUUACUCUUUUCUAUACAUUUCCUUUGGUAUGGAUCAGGAGAAUUUGUUUAACAAAGCGUCUUAGGUUGGAGAUCAUUUCCUCCUUUUCUCAUGAUCUCAAUGAGUGAUUAAUGUGAGGAGAAAUUAAAUUCUUAUGGCUUCUAGGGUUUUAAGGGUUAAUAAAUGUGUGAUUUACAAAAUAUUCCUUUUAUAGCCUUUAUGAUGUCCAACCUUCCAGUGUUGAUCUUACAUUGUACCCAGCUCUACAAGAUAUUUCUGUAAUUAACUAGGGAGAAAAUUAACCAGUGUGUUAUGAGGAACUCGUGUGAAGCCAAAGCAUGCAUAGCAAUAGAAGUUGAGAUUGCAGUCCUGAGGCAAACAAUACUUUUUGUCAUAUACUUGUAAAAUCUACUGGGAAUUGUAUUUGGCAAAGAAAGAAAUGCUGUGACAGAAUGGUUAUUAGACAGCAUAAAUAUUUGAUGUAGGUUUUGAAUGUUCUGUAGUUCAUUCUCUUUGUACUUAGCACCAUAUCAUUCUACAUCUUUGGAUGAAAACCCUGAUCUUGUCCUUUUUUGUGAACAGGGAGAGAGUGAUUCAUUUAUUAGCAGUUAGACCUUACAAGAAACCAGAAUUGAUAUCUAGACUUACUAAAGGUUAGUAGAGCUUGAUGACAAGGUUCUCAAUUUUCACUUGAGAAGGAUGGAAUUAAAAAAUCUAUUUGUGGACUUUUAGUUAUUAUCAGCCAUGGACGGUGUAAACAUUAAUCAUCAUCUAGAUUUUGAAGCAAUAUCUACAGUAGCUUUGAACUGCUGUCUGCUAGGAAAACAAAUUGCAAUUUUGGCUUUGUUAAAAAUUUUCAUGUAAUUCAAGUUGAUUGUUUUUGCUUAGUUUGACAAAAUUGCCUUUACUAUUUUAUAGAGGGAGUGAAUUUAAAAGACAGAAAUUCAUUAACAGGCAUAUUACAACAGGUAAAUAGAUUGCAUUAAUGGAACCAGUGUUCAUACAUAUUGUUGAAGCAUUAUGACAAUGAUUUUAUUACACUCUUGCCCUCAGAAAAGCAAUUUCCCCUUUCCACUGCUAUGUUAAAAAUUUAUUUGGUCAUUCAUCAUUCUGAAUUUUUGAUACCUUAUCAAAUAUUUAGCCAUAUGGGUAAGUUAUACUUAUUAAAUGAUAAUGGGUUAAGCGCUUGAUGGAUGUUUUAGUUCAGUUUCAUCUCUAAUUGAAAUUUUUAUUUCAUUCUCUUUGAAAAAAUGUGACGUACAAUCUACAUUGUGUUGUUUAAUUCAUAUGAAGUCAUACUCAAUAACUCCGAUUAAUUUAAAGAGCAGUGGAUUUGUUAAUAACAGUGCCUUUUCUUGUGCUCUUUACAGGUUGCUGUUAUGACUGACAAUCAAUACAGAUUAUUAAAACAUUUGUAUUCUGAAGUUCAGGUACUAAGAAAAUUUUUGUUUGUCCUAUGACGGGUGGUAUAUCAAUGCUCUUAUGCAAAUUAUAUUCACUCAAGGCUGCAUUUACAAUGAGGAAUGGUUAAAAUUAACGAAUUUGGGCUGUGCUCUUAGGCUAUAUUUUCCUGUACAAAUUCAUCCAAACAUUUAAAUAGGAGAUAUUCAUUCAGGUAGAAGGAUUUAAUACAUGAUGAUUCCUGUACAUGUACAUUUUUGUCGGUUGCUCACACUGGAUCAGACGUCAUGCGUGGGUUGUUUUAAGUUUUAAAAUUUCAGGACAGUUAGGUGCUUUUCCGGAAGAGUAAAUAAGCAGUUAACACGACUAAGAAUUUGCAUCUUGAACAAACUUUGUUGUGGUUUCACUUUGAAAUUGCAUAUUGAUAAGAAUAAAAAAUGAUUUCGGCUGAAAAGGAAUACGUUGUGCAGUAAGGAAGGAAGUUGAAACAUUUUGGUGUGAACUAAUAAGGGUGGGAACGAACUUCUUUUUCUUCACGGGGCGAACUUACAACAGGGUGAAACGUCCAUAAACCUAUUAAAGGGCUUCUUAGCUCUUGUUUGGUAAUGUUCGUAGACACGCAUUGAUUGACAUUCGUUUUUCAGGUUGAAACGUGGCCUAGUUAUAGUGAAACUGAAAAGCAGAUUCUACGCAGGUGAGCGGAGUUUUAAAACACUCGACAUGCUUUCUUUUUGAGUUAGAAGACCGACCUUUUUCGAGUGAAAAUGGUUUGUUUUGCUUUGUUUUGUCUGUCUGAAUCGUCACAGUCUGCUGAUUAUUUGAUUUGAUUUUGCAGAAAAAUUAAAACUGAACUGAAUAAUAGCUCUGUAGUAACCUCCUCUUCUCCACCAAAGACAAAGAACUCGGAGGUAUUUAACAAUGGUUCAUAGCGCAUGUACACGAUAAACAGUUAAACACGUCCAUUUACCACAUAUUUUCGUUCAGUUCACGGUGUGAUUUUUCCGUUGAUAGAUAAAAAAGCCUCGCGUGAUAGACCGUUAAUGCUCUUGCAUCAGCCAUUGAGAUUCCAGAGUAGCAAUUAGUGAGAUGUAAUGUUUUGUUGAAACUUUUUGGCAGACAAGCAAACCACAAAGUAAAAGGCACCGACAAAGUGAAGCAGAACACUCAGCCAAGAGACAACGCAUUUCUCAUAUUAAAAACAACAAUAAUAUCGUCAAAGACUCUCUAGAGAAAGACACCUUUCAAGUGGAAAAAUCUAAAUUGCCAGAGGAAAAGGAAAGAGAGCGAGUGGAGGAGUCUGUGUUGGACAAAAAAGACGAAAAUGACGAGGAGGAAGAAUCAAUUUCUGCAGGUAUAUACAUGAAUGCUGUCACAAAAUGCUCUUUUAGAGAGGUUUCCGUUGGCGGGGAGUCCUGAGGGCCCUUACUCAACUCAACUACAUUACAAUUCCAAUCGAAUAUUGAGCAGUAAAAAGUGAAUGAGAAUUUUAUCCAGAGGUUUCUUCACGUGAAUUUACGAAGAACAUCAGCCGUACGUUUUGAAGAAAAGCUGACUCGGUUUAAUCUAUGUUUUGCGUUAAAGAAAUUAGUUGUUCCUCCAAUGUGCACGUUUUGGUGAGACCUAGACAUUUCUGCGGGAAACACGCCAGCGUAAGUCUUUCUACCUCGAGGAUUCAUCGGAAUAGUUUAAUGGCGAUAAAAUAAGUUCUUUUCCUCGGCUGUGCUUGCUCAAUAGCUUCUGUCGUAUAGCGUUUAGUGAAAAAUUGCCGUCCAGAACCAGCUAGCAACAGUUCCAUUACAGUCGCCUCCCGCGUCCACAUUCGUGGAGUGAAAGCAUUAAUGUUUCUAUAUAUUCUACGUUAGAUGUCCUUAACUAGUCUCUAAAGGCCCCUAUAAUAUUCAUGAUAAAUGAGACUUCACUUUGUUUUAAACCUGUUUGAACGUGAUUGUUUCCUUUUGUUAUAGAAAACUCACUAAAUGGUUUAAAUGGCUUAGAUUCUUCUGACUUUACCAAGUAAGUUAUCUUAAGUGUUCUGGUUCAGUUUUAUUUUUGUUUUGUUUUUGGAUUAAUAACUAUAUGUCUUAUCGUAAAUGAAAACACUUGACGAAGACAUUCUUUUGACCAAGGGCAAAGAUUAACCUUUGCAUCCGUCAUGUACAUUUACGUUGGCCUGAUAACCAGCCGCUGUCCGAGAAACGAGCCCACUUUCCUUCCACGAAAACUGGCACAAUUUUUUAUCAGAUUCCUACAGUUAAAUACACAUAUAUUAGUUAUUUUUUGUCACAAAGCUAGAGUGUUUAAGGACACAGUCCAAUGUGAAAACGUUUUACUUUUGGUUUUUAUAUCGAGCUAAACAGUUUUUUUUUCGAAGCUACCAAGUUUCUUUUUUUUUUUAUUUCAGAAAAUACAAACCAAUCACCACUUAUGAACAACGCUGUUUGUACAAGAAAGAUUUUAAUGCAGAAUUGCCAGAAUACGAGUCUUUGAAAGCGAAGGUAGACUCAAUGAAAAAGAAAAUCCAUGAUCUCCAAAGCAAAAGACUCCAGUUUCCUGAGGGAACAGCGGAAAGAGAGGUUAGUGUGUGGCUCGUGUUUAUGUUAAUAGAAUUAAAAGGAACCGCGACUAGUUGCCACACUAUUCUCCAGUUGUGUAACGGCCGCGCGGAAAUUGCGUGGUGUUUGGAGCUGCACAUGAUUUCGUUCAGUCUAAAACGGCAACGGGUGGGUUUCAAAAUUUCCCUCGGGUUAGAAUUUGCUCCUUCUUGAAGUUUUGAGUGUAAGCGUAUUGAGAAAAUUUUAGAGUCUGUUUGACCUUUCUGAGAUUUUUUAAUUACGGCUUUCUUUAAUCUCUCUCUCUCUCUCUCUCUUCGCAGGACUUAGACAAAGAAAUUCGUGAACAUUACCAUGAGAUGAUAAAGGUGAGAUCUAUGGCUUACAACUUAACAAGCAGUGGCUAUCAUUUAAUUUUUUGAAAGCUGUAACUAUGAAAUUAUUUGCGAAAAUUGGUUAAGCAACGUUGUUUGUUAAAAUAGUUUUUUAUACUAUGUGUUUGUCAUAUCAGGAGAAGAACACCCCCAUAAAAGGAUGUAUGGCUUACAACUUAACAAGCAGUGGCUGUCAUUUUAUUUUUUGAAAGCUGUAACUAUGAAAAUAUUUUUGCCAAUUGGUUAAGCAACAUCGUUUGUCAAAGUAGUUUUUUUGUACCAUAUUUGUUUGUCACGUGAACAAAUUCCCCAAGGCCGCGUAUAGAACAGGUCUUCGCUCAUCGCUAUCCAGGCAAGCGUUCGACACCGGAACUGACAGUGUGUUUCAUUUCUAGGAUCCCAGAUGGCUUCCAACUACGAAUAGGUGUCAAGAGCUGCACAAAAAACUAUCCUAUAUUAAGAGACUUAUUGCCGAUUAUGAUAAGGGUGCGGCAAACACGUGACAAUCACCUGACUGUCACGUGAAUACUUGGAACCAUUCUCCUUCUGGUUUGACUGUUCCGUCCCGAAAUCACCCUUUUCAUUUGGUGGCAUUAGCAGCCAGUGAAUGUACAGGGUCGGUGUAACAUCUGUUGAGGAUAAAGUAUGCAGUAAUGAAUUACUGAAGAUUAUCUUGGCUUAAAACUAUCCGGUUAUGCCCUGUGAACCGUUCAUUUCUUAAAUGCUAAAGUUGCUGGGCUGUCCUCUUCAAUCGUCUUGCACUCAUUUGGAAUAUUAAAUGCAUUGUUAUUAUAAUAAUGAUAAUUAUUAUUGUUAUUACUAUCAUUGAAAAGAGGCAGGUCAAACGAUCGCGAUUUGUGCCAACAUUAACUCCCCGCCCUCCCCUCCCCUUUCCUUUCAUUUUGUACACUUGCCAUUCAGCGUGCGCUGAGUGGUCUAUGCACCGAAGGUGCAAUCCAAGAGGAGGACGGCUCGGCAUCGAUUGCACUGAGAGUCUAGGAACAUUUCAAUGUUUGCUGCGAUCGUAACAAGCAAAAGUAAAAUUUAUUUAAAAAUUGUUCUGUAUAUUUCUACAUCGCAGAGAAAUAGUAAAUAUGAUAUGAAACUUCCACAAUCUCUAAGUAUAACUUACAAGACGAAGUUGGUAUUUCAUCUGAUCUUAAGUAGGAUUCUGCCUCCGUUGUAGAAUUAAAUUCUACAGUUCUCAUACCGUCUCUCAUUGAAUUUUGUCCUUGUGAGACCUCUAGAAGCUUUAAAUCGCAAUAAAUACAAAAAGUUAAACCGAUUUACCGAGUCUUGUUUGAGUAUAUACAACUUACCGUAAUUCGUAACAUCCUGCGUAAAUGCAAACAACUCUCACUUUUCCAUUUAGAGUGUCUUUGUUAAGUUGACGUGGAGUGACGUGCUGGCUGUCUUGAAGACUAUCAUUGGUUGGUGAACGGUCAGUCUUUCUAGGUUCGAUAUGCUUGAGAACAGUUUAAAACACCCGGAGCAGUGACCGAGUAGCUUUAAACGAUGCCAAAAUCUGAUUUUAAGCGCAGCGCUCUCUCAUUUCUUAGAAGUAGUUCAAAUCGAAGAAGUUCUGCCGUUUCAGAAGAGGAACACGGUUCUGUAACCUUUCUUCCAUCGGGACCUUGGAAUAAAUCAGGUAUGGAGGAGAAAGAUUGAAAAUGAACUUGAACAUUUCCAAACGAUUUGUUUUCUUUUUUCUGCUCCUUCGUCACUUGUGAGACUUCGACGAUUUUGCGCGUACUGAACACUUUGAUAUAGCAAAAACUCGCAAGGCCUACCUCAAGUAAUGGCUGCGUGUAAAUCGUAUCGAGCAACUUAUUUGUACAAAUUACCUGCAUCGGUUGUUUGUUAUGUUCCGAUUUUUAUGAUGUAUUUCACUCUGGUCAGAUAUUUUAAUAUGACCAAGCGGAACAAUUAUUUAUUCAUCUGUUGCAGUUAGUCGCCCAGAUGAAGUUAGCAGUCGAAAUCACCUUCAGAAACCAUAUUUUUUCUGCGCAGUAAUACCAAUUUUAAUAGAUGUACCUCAUAAUGAGAACUUAGGGUUCUUAACAAUGUAAGCACGAUCUCCCUAGCGCGUUAUUUGCAACUUCGAGUCGCAAAUUGUAUUGACGUAGUGGUUGUUGGAUUUUCAAAUUUUUUCUCUGCUAUGAACCAAAUUGUUUUAACAAGUGAACAAACAAUUUAAAAGGACAAAGGAAAAUUGACACCCGGUGCAAGCCUUGUAACGCAUCAGCAACCUCGCCUCUUCCCUCUCUUCCCAUGGUUUACAAACCUGUCCACUUACCCAUGCCUGCUGAGAUUAGAAUUACGUAAUGAUUAAUAAUCGUUGUACCGUUGAUAAACAAAUAUAGUUUACUUAUCGUAGGCUGGAAAUGACAAUUAUUGAUAACUGGUUGAUCAAGUCUCAGUUAAGAAUUUCGUAUGGUAUUUCGAGCAAAUUUUGUCAAGGAAAAUUCAUAUACAGUGGAAAUGUAUCGGCGGUGAGCAGGUAGUGAGGUUUUUCAAAUGAGUUUCUUAACAAAGACUGUCUGAUUGGAAAUGAUUGGUCAAUUCGCUGUCACAUUAACAGCAAUUGUUACCUUCUGGAAACCUGAGACCUGGUUUCUUGCCUGACAUUCCUUUCACACGGGCAAAGACAGAAAUUAACAGAUUCCCUCAAAGAAUUUGUGAUUUCUUGUCUGAAAUCAGCAAGUGAUGGCUGGAAUACGUGACAGGACAGAGAGCAAAAUCAAAUAUGAGCCUGCAAGUAAGUUGAACAUUAAGGUUACCCUCGCCAUCAUUGUUUGGAAGCACCAGGGAUCGUCCCCCAAAUUGGACGCAGAACGGUUGUUAACAAUUCUUUAUCUUGGCGGUACCCUUUUAGCAUUUUUAACUUAAAUCUCAUCUUAACUGAUUUGAAUGUGAAUAUUUUAGCAGCGCUCUUACUUUCGUCUUUGUUGUUUGACGACAGAGAAAUGAAGUACUUUUUUUAAGUUGUAAUUGGACUCUGAACUUAAUCAAACGCCGUGUUUGACGUAGCCUAUUACUAAAUGUUUGUACAUAAAAUUAAGUGUACAGCUUGCGCACUCAGGACGGGCUGGUGUUGGUAUUACCUAGAACAGAGUGACAAUCUUCCUGGAAAGAUUCCGCAAUUCAGUGCUUUCUUGAUCAUUCACAUGUGUGUGUUGUCCUCGAUUUUGCAGCAGCAGUAGGUGUUUUUGGCCGUGUCAAAUGUCAAUACGACAUUUCUAUGCAGACGAAAUACAGCCCGGAUUCUUUUUACUUUUACACUAGAUACCAUGUUUUCGACACGAACUAAACUGCUGUGUGAUUUUCACCACCCAAGUCUGUUCCGGUAAUUUGACUUAAAGGUUGUUCAUUUCAGUUUGAAUGCCUAGCAACCUUGUCAUUAUAGGGGUCAAAAUGUCGGACGGGAUACUCAAAUUUUAUCUCUCAAGUUCACAAUAAAAUAUCGUUUGCUUUAGUCUUGAAUGAAAUAGCCGCUGAUUGAUUUGGCACCAGGUCUAAAGGGAAAAAAGUUAUUUUCUAAAGUUUGUGAGCUGUCGAUUCUAAAUAGUUUUACCGGAUAUAUGUUUUACUGUAUACGUUAGCUUGUAUAAUAUUGAAACUCUGUCAAAGACCUAAAAGCCAAGUCAAAAUACGAGUUGACCUUAGAAUCUCUUAAAAACUGAAAAGUGCCAUCAGUUUGUUUUCUCUUUUGUGACGAUUUCAACGCUCUUAUCGCUGUAUUUUCGCUUUGGUCUGGUAAACUUCAGGUUGCUUGCAAGUAAACAAACAGGCAGUGAUUGUUUCCGUCCCGGUACCGGGUGGCACAACAUAUUGGCUAAUAAUAUGUAAUUGUGCGACAUUUUUAACCAGCUUAUCUGUGACAUAUCAUUGCACAAACAUGUUUUUGAUCUCAGUUUCAUGUGGUUGCCAGUGGGUUACAAGAAAGUGAAUACGAAACCUCUUUUUUUCUAGUUUACCUUUUGAUCAAAAAUAACUCUUCGGGGGGCAAUCAUGCAGGACGUACUUUCAAAAAGCACCAGAGAAAUGGAGACAUACCAGUCUUGAAUUACCGUCAGGCGGUACGCUUUACCACCUUCAUCUUUGUAACAUGAUUUUUUUUAGUAAGAUUAGUAACUUUUUCACUGACAGAAGUGGAUAAGGUCAAAAUCUACUUUUGUUGAAAAAGAAUAGACACUCUGGCGACAGAGAAAUUCCACCCUCCCUUCCAGGAGUGUCUAAGAGCUUGCAAGGUACACAAGAUUAUCUUAUUAGGAGGUUCAAGAAUAAACUUCGUUCCUAUUUCUCCUGCUCUGAUUGGUAACAUUUAUCGCUCCGGAAGACGACUAAGAAAGGACCUUCCACUUAGAGCUCCUUAUCAGGACAAGACUUGUAUUUGUUGCACUCAGACUUUUUGAGAAUUUUUCGAUGAAGACGUGCAAGCAUCGUUCCAAACUGAGCGGCGAUGCCCGUGCGUUUCGAACCACGAACCGCGUUUCGAAGCGCGCGUUUCGCGCGCUCGCUUUGCGUGUAGGCCUCGCCGCUCUUGUUGCAACAAUCAGGAGCUUGUCAUAGCGCAUUAGCGCAUUAGAUCAUAUCCACAUGUAUUUUGCGCUAUAUAAGUAAUAAAUUAUUAUUAAUUAUUAUAGCUUGCGAUCCCGGAGGAGCGUUACGCAAUGAAAGCUCGUCCCCAGUUUCCUUGGCGAAUGAAAGAGCUCUCGUGGCUAGUAGAUUCCGCCUGCACCGGCUCCGUAAACCAAUGCAACCAUUGACAUUCCUCCCUUCCAUUUUUUAGCUGAAGAAGAUGCUGAACAUGCUGGCAAUUGCUGCACCAAAGCAAAGGUAUGAUUUUUGUUCUUAAAUUUUCUUAACUUUCCAUCCGAGUUUUUCCUCCCUUAUAAUGCCAUAUCGCAGUUAGAUCUCAGUCAGCGAGAGAAUCGCACACUUUUGAUCAGAGUUUUUUUUUUUUUUUUUUUUUUAACCAGUCGCUCAUCCCUUUCUGUUUCCCUAUAGAACUGGUUCAUCAGCUUUCCAAAAGCAACUUGGCCCAUUCUCUUGACAGAAUUUGGGGAGCGUUUUUCGUAUUAUGGCAUCAAAAGUAAGUAACCUGUUACCGCAUAGACGAAAUAUACAAGUUUAACUAACCGCGUAUAGUAUACACAGGUAUCUUGCAUUGUUAAUCGUUUAACAAUUUCCUUUACAGCGGUACUUGUGUUGUAUCUGACUAAAGACCUCAUGUUUAAUAAGGCCAAUGGCAAGAGCAUUUAUCACGCAUUUAGUAUGACAAGUUACUUUACGGGAGUUAUCGGCGCCAUGAUAGCAGACAGCUGGCUUGGAAAAUAUCGGUGGGUGCAAAAGAAAUCGUUUUACUCGGUUCAGCUUAACUCUAAAGGUUCAUGCGGAUGAUGAAGUCUACUUUUUAAGCAAACUCUGAGGCUAAUCACACAAUCGAAAUUUGUUUGUUUGUUUUUGUUUUUUCUAUAGAACCAUCGCCUACACACUGUUCCUGUAUUCCAUUUCGGAGAUCCUUCUCACAUUGACAAGUGUUGACACUAUUGGUCAGCGGAAUUCGUAAGUACCCUAAAGAUACAACAUAUACUCACUUGAUCUCCUUCAGCUUCUCCGUUUCGCUAAUUUUUCGAUCAGUUUGGCGCUAUUUUUUUUCUUCCUUUCGUUUUAAUUUGCUUCAUGUUGCCUUUGCACACCUAUUUGUCCUUCCAUAUUUUUAUUCUGGUUUUUUUUUUUUUUCUUUCUUUAGAGUGGGACCUUUAAUUUCAUUGUUCGCUAUGGCUAUUGCUUGUGGUAACAUCAAACCUUGUCUUGCCGCUUUUGGUGGAGAUCAAUUCCGUAAAGAUCAGGUUAGUUCAUUUAUUAUCUUUACAAGGCCAAUGAGACAAACUCGUAACUCUUGCUGAUUAAAAGUGUAGUCACCUUAAAAUGCAAAUUCUCUCUCUAUUACUUUGCGUUCGUGUUCCGACUAGCGCAGAGAGCUUAGACAUAAAUCGAGAAUUAUACUUGACUCCCUCGGGUUCCCCGGCAAUUGACAGACGUCAAGUUUGAUUUCUUUAAAUCUCAUUGGUUCGUGACGAUCACGCUUGCCGUGACUGAACCCUUUGUAACCACAUGAAGACGCCCAAUGCAGAGGCAGAUCAAGAGGGGGAGGGUUCGGUUCGUCUUGAUGCCCCCUCCCCCCUCCCCCCUUUCACAUUUUUCUUUGUUUGACACCAAUAUUCUUGCAACGACAAGAUACCAUGUUAUACUACCUAAUGUAAAGUAUGUAAAAUCUACUUGUCUUAAGAUAGUUCUCGGCGUAUUUAGGCCUAAGUGCAACGAAAAAUAUCUGUGCUUUCUGGAUCAAAGUAUUGACUCCUCCCCUCUCAAUAAAAAAUUCCUGGAUCCGCCCCUGGAUUUAAGGAAUGCGGGUCUCUAUUUGGGGGAAAAAAGCCUUCUCAAGGCCUGAUACAGAGAGACUUGACGUGAAUACUAAGCUUAUUUAAUUUCAAUAGGAACACAUGCUAGAACUCUUCUUUGCGAUGUUUUACGCGUCCGUCAACGUUGGCGCGGUACUCUGCAUGUGGUUCAUUCCCAUGGUGCGAAGUGAGUAAUAUAUUUGUUUAGCUUGCUUGUUUGUUUGUUUACUUUUGUUUACUUUCUGUUUCCUCUUAAAGGCGGACGAAAAAGCCAUAUCAUUGCUUAUUCUUGCUACCUUACGGUGAAACAGAAAAAAAAAAAAAAAAAAAAAAAGAACAACCUGAAACAAUUCUUGUCUUACUUGUUUUUUUCCAGCUGAUGUGCAGUGUUUUGGACGGGACUGUUAUCCAGUAGUGUUUGCGAUAAACACAGUUCUCAUCAUCACUGCAACACGUAAGUGUAUAAACGGGACUGGCAUUUACGCUCCUCAGGCUUUUGCUAAUGGACAUAAUCGUGUCAGAUUCAACAUAAAAAGAUAGACUGGACGUGGUGGUGUUGAAAGGCGAGCCGCGUAAAUGAGUACAGGCCAAAAAGAAAUGAAUUGUCUCUUAAGGUUGAUAGUCUCGAUAUAAAAGCUAAACUUAAUCUCUUGUUUUCGAUCACUUCUGAACUACACAAAAUAAAUCGUGGCGCAUUUCUCAAUAUUUUGGUGCGAAAAGGAUGUUGUCUUAAAAUCUCGAGUACCAUUUGUGCUAUCUCUCGAUAUUCUCACCUGUUACGAGCUUCUGGCAAGCGCGUGAGCAGUCAAGGUCAUUAGAUCCUCAAGGUCAAUGAAACAAAGCAAGGGCCAAAAGAUAAAAAAAGCCGGCAUCAACAAAUAAAGAAAAAGAUCCUUCAUAGCAUCUUAAGGAUAUCAGUUAUUUAAGUUGACGUCGCUUUCAGCUCAUACUGCUUUUCAUAGACUUUCAAAAUUAUGUAGAGUAUCUUUACACAAAAAGCAAGAGUUUGAAAUAUUUACCGUUUCUGAGCGGAAAUGCAUAAUAUUUUGCUUCAUACGUUUCUCUCUCUGUAGUUUCUCUUGUGGCCGGAAAAAGGCUUUACACGCUGAAAGAUCCAGCUGGAAACGUCAUGAUCCGUGUUUUUAAAAUUAUAUGGGUGAGAUGAAGAUUUCUUGUUUUUCAGCUUCCUUUUCCAGCUUGAACCGUGAGACAAUUUUAACAUUGCAUUAUCUUACACAAGGACGCAGAAAAAAAUUUAAGAGUUUUUGGUCAAGAUUUCAGUUACAACGAGUUUCGCAUUUCGGGAUAAAAGGAGAGAUAGACAGCCAAAAACAUCUUAACCUUUAACUCCCAAGAUUUAAUUGUUAUUUCUCUCCUCUUGCCUCUACACAUUUCCUAGAAAAUACGUUACGAGAAUUUGGUGUCAAAUCAAGAUAACAACGUCUACCUGAUAAGUUUGAGUAUUCUCAAUACCUGCUUGCGGGAUAAUGUAUGGUUGUUAUAGGGAAAAGCCAAUUUAGAUCAGGGAAGAACAGCUUUGGCACUUUAGCUGAGCUCAACUGUAUUAAAACUAUAUGACGCUGACGCCUUUUCACUCUGUGCUCGAAACAAAAGCCUUUUUGCAAGCCUGAAAAUCUCUUGAAAGAAAGACAAACAAGCUUUGUCAAAUUUAUUUUCACAGCACGCUUUAUCAAACAAAUUCAGUAGCUCCGGGCCUACGCAAGUUACCCAUUGGUUGGACAACGCUAAUGAUGAGUACGAGGUAAAUCAUACUUGUUUGUUGUUUUUAUUUUAUGAUUCAAUCUAUUUCUUUCAUUCCUGCCCUUUUGCGACAUUCAGGCUGACUGAUUUGAACUCUUUUUUAGCUUUCUGAAAAUUAGGAGAUCUUCUGUAUUUCCCAUCUCAUCCCCCUUGUCGUUUUUACUUGCGAAGCACGAGCCCUUAAAUUUUCCAUCUCCUACUUUCUCGCUGCACAGUAUCUUGGUUUCAAUGGAGGAGAGAAGAGGUACAAGAUGUCACUUGUAUGUCGAGAGCUUUUAAUCCUCUUUCUACCCUUGGUAAUAUAGAAAUCGUCUCUCACAUUACAUCCCCAAAAUGCGAAUCAUAAGGACUAAUAUUUUUCUGAUCUUCUUUUAGAGGGUCAUUUUAAGUUUGGAGAUAAUAAAGAAUAAUUUCAGGCGUUCAAAUUUGCUCUUGUACAUUUUAGUUGUAAUAAAUGUUAUAUUUCUUUAUUUCAGCAAAAGGAAAUUAACGACAUCAAAUUGUUACUCCGUGUGCUGAAGAUGUACAUCCCUCUUCCGGUGUUUUGGGCGCUUUUCCAUCAACAGGUAAAUUUUCAGCUUCGUGAGUGUUAUCAAGGCCAUUAAAUUUCUCCAUUUGAUUGCGAAGAUUUUUAUUUCACGGCUCCUGAGAAAAACAGGAUGGAAGAUAAAUUACGAGCGGUCCUCUUUCCUAACUUAAUUCAUCGGGCGGGCAAAAAAUAUAUUUCUGUUUGCUCAAGUGGAAUGGAUGGGAAAGGUGGAAAAUUCUUAUUGAAUAGGAUUAUGUACUUGCGUUUUCUAUCGAGAGGUGUUGUACAAUUUCUGCGAUUGUUUCUUUUUAUAAUUAGGGAUCAAGUUGGACUCUUCAAGCAGAGCAGAUGGAUGGUGAUUUGGUAAGAUUUAGUUGAAAUCUGCAGAUAUAAAGGCAACGGAGGUGUUUUAGGCAUGCUGCAUGUGAUUGACACUGACUAAUCAUGGGGUAGGUGGAUAGUGAGCUGAGGCUUGCGCGAAGUACGAGUCACGCGCGAGAGAAGGAGGAAAGUGUCUGGCCCUUUGCGCACGCCUAGUGCAUGCAUGCGCUCGACAGGAGACGGCAAAAGGUGAUGCUUCGUUGGCAGGCUACUAACUUUUGCCCAUUUUUUUUUGCUAGGGUGGUUUCACGUUACGAUCAGAUCAAAUCCAAGUAAGUAAAUCGCUCUCUUUCUCUGCCUUAUUUCUUUUUUAAUACUCUUAGAUAUCUGGAUGAAGUCUUCCAAAACAACUUGUUUUUCUAUUAUUUUAGGCGCUGAAUCCAAUCCUUGUUCUGAUCCUUAUUCCUCUCUAUGAUGGCGUUAUUUACCCUAUGUUCGAGCGCUGCCAAAUGCCUCUCAGGUAAUGUUAUGUUCGGGUAUUUAGUUCACCUAGUCCUGAUAGUAGCUACACUGUCCCCCUUCAGUAAGGCCUUGGAGCGAGUCAUCUAUAGUUAAAUACCUUGAUAAGCAUGAUGUAUCAUUUAAGUACUAGUUUGGCUUUAGGAAAAGUCAUUCCAUUGAGCAAGCGAUUAUGGAGAUCACUAAUAAUCUGAAGGCCUCUACUGAAAAUAAUUUUAUAUCUUGUGGCCUCUUCCUAGACUUCUCAAGAGCAUUUGAUACAAUAAAUUAUCAAAUAUUGCUAGACAAACUCUGUAAAUAUGGUGCCCGUGGUAGGCCGCAUGAUUGGUUUGUAAGUUAUCUCCAAGAUCGCAAUCAAUUUGCUCAAAUUGGAGAUGAAAAGUCAAGUUUAUUAGAGAUGACUUGUAGUGCACCACAAGGAUCUACUUUAGUCCCCUUAUUAUUUUUAAUUUACAUCAAUGGCAUUGCCAAUUCAUCUGACAAAUUGUCCUUUCGCCUUUUUGACGACGAUGCUAAUAUUUUCUGUGCUUCAGAUGACAUAAAUGAUAUUGAAUCAGUUAUAAAUUGUGAAAUGACCAGAGUUCUCAAUUAUUAUUCCAGAAAUAAACUAUCAGUAAACAUGAAAAAACUAACUUCAUAUUAAUCAUAACCUCACCACGUAAAAAGUUACUCCUAUAAAUAUUAUAAAUUUUGAGCAGAAGACUUGCAUUAAGUACCUUAGUGUUUAUAUAGAUCAACACUUCAAUUUACCUGUGUUAAAAGCAACUUUAUUAUACACUGAUAUACCCUUAUUUAAAUUAUGCAGUUUAAUGUGGGGAAAUACUUAUCCAUCAAAUCUAAACAAGUUAUGUUCUCUUCAAAAUAAACGCAUUCGUUGUAUGUUUUUUGCUGAUAGUCGAGAGUCAUCCCAAGUUUUCUAUAAACUUCUUGAUAUUCUUAAAUUUGACAAUAUUGUUUAACUAAGUAAAUGCGUACUCGCACAUAAGAUAUUUAACAACUCUUCCAGUAUUCCUUCACGGUUUUAUGAUUUUCUCAGAACAGUCUCUGGCCUACACAAGUAUAACACCAGAUACACCUCCAAGGGUAAUUUUCAUUGACUAAAAGUAAGAACCAACUUUGGCAAAUUUACCUUUGUAUAUGUAGCCUCUAAAUUAUGGGAAACGGUACCAACAAACUUGAAACGGCUCUCUAUUAAUUGUUUUAAAAAGCGGUAUAAAAAUCAUCUCCUCAAAUAUCAGUCAUAGUUCUGAAUUCCCCACUAAAAUUCAAUUUUUAAUCAUAAUCAUAAAGCCUAGCCUUUUAAAGCUUAUGGCUUUCCCUUCCCUAUUUUUACAAGUAUUUUGUCAUAUUUCAGUGCUCUGAAAAAGAUGACUGGUGGUCUAGUACUUGCUGCAGCAGCAUUUGUUGUCUGUGCUUUUGUCCAAAUUCAGAUUCAGGUAACUAUCUUAUCUUUGUUUCUCCGUCCUUUGGUUUUCUUGCGGUCCAAUUCGUUUCACUUCACUUCACUUUGCCUUACCCCUUUUUUUCGCAUUGAAUGAGGUACGUGCCCCUGGCUCCUGUGCUGUAAAGAGAAGAUAAAAGGAAACUUAAGCACCAACGUAUUUAGCCCUUGAGACCCUAACAUCAGCAUGUGUAUUAUCCAUACUGUUUUUUAUAUAUUUCCUAUGGUGAUGACGAGAAGAUCAUUUCUUUAAUUUCAUAAACCUAAUUUUUGAUCCAGCAUUGGUACCUUAGUUAGAAAUUUGAUGCUAGUCACCCUCAGGGGUUUACACGCGAACGGUGCCCGGAAGGAAGACUUGACGUGCUUUAAAAUAAAUCAAUCAUCUAGAAAAACUUAUUUUUCAACAUUUGAGAUCAAACAUUACAGAUUAAAGAGCGGUUGUAGCCCCUCCCCAACCCCCCACCCCCCCCCCCCCCCCCCCCCCCCCCGAAAAAAAAAAAAAAAGAAAAGAAAUUCUCGACCUCCGGCUGCCGAUAAAGUUUCAAACACGUCUGUAUAUAUGAUCAAUUAUGUAUUAUUUUCGAUGAAAUUGUUGCUAUUGUUGUUGUUGUUCAGACCAUCGGUGAAGGUCCAGCCGCACCAGGGGUAGGAAAAACCACUAUGGAGUUCAUUAACAGUGCCCCAUGUCCAGUCUCUAUCGACCGCGAGUCUUUCUUCAGGGUGAAUCUGAAAUACGGAGAGGUAAUUAUUAUGCGGUUAUGUUUCAUCUUGGCAUUGGGAAAGAAAAACAUAGGUGACGUGUCAUAUCGAAAGUUGUUUGUGAGCAUAAUUGACAAAUAGAUUCGUGUUGCUGUGCGCAUGAUCAAUGAUAGAGCACUGAUGAUGUCGAAAUGUGGUAAAAACAAAAUAGUGGCAUACAAGACGCAGCCGAGUGCGUCACUAACGUUCUUACCACACUUUUACGUCUUCUAAGAUCUAUUACUGGACAGGCGCAAGGCAACACAAAAUCUGCCUGUUAACCCUUUACACCCUAACAUCAGUAUGCAGAUUCUCCAUACAGUUCUCUAUACAUUUCUUAAGAGGCUGAUAAGGAGAAUUUGUGUAACAAUCAAGGGCUGCUUUAGUUGGUGAUCAUCUUCUCUAUUCUCAUAACUUUCCUGUUUGAUUCAGGAAUGAUGUAGGAAGGAGAAAUGAGAUGCUAGUCACUCUAAGGGGCUAAAGGGUUUUACGCAAAAAGAAGCAAAAUCUAUGAUGGUGACGUCAUCUAUGCGUCCGUCCUCCAAUAUCUCAUAAGUAAGAACCAAUCAAAAUGCCUGUAUAAUCCAUGUAAGAGCGCUUUCAGAUCUAAUAUUUAAAGUCUCAUGAGAGUUUUCAUUUUUUGUCAACUUCUACUUUCCUUUUUGUUCUCUUCACGGUCUAAUUCAAAAUCCAGCGAUCAGACGUUUUCGUUGGUCAGGCCGGCCUCAUGAACUUUACAGUAACUGCUCAGGGUAACGGAUGCAACGUGAAAGAGAAGCGAGCUAGUUUACAAUUGGAUGACAAGAAAGUCUUUAGCGCCGUAGUAGAAAUCGCCAAGGAUGAAUUUGUUUUGAACAAGGUAGGGUCAAAUUUUUUGUUUUCCAUGGAAAUUCAGUUUAUGGAAGAAAUAGGGCCAAACUGUUCUAAGAUUUUUAAACCAGUCGCACCUAAUAGGGCGUGGCUCUCGAAAGACUAUUACCCCUUGAUCAAGAAAACUGGGAAGGUUCGAAACCCUUUCGAGAAAUUGAGAGAGAUCGAGAUUCUGCCAUUUCAUCGACAGUUUCUUGAAUUAUUUCGCAGCCAUCGUAAGUUUUAACUGAUCGAGGUUAAAAGGCAGUAAUAAAUCAAUUGUAGCUUGAACUGGCAUCGUCGUCUUGAUAAGAAAUUUCACGGAAAGUUUUGUUCAUUAUCCUAACUAACAAAGUUAUGUUUUUCCUCAGUAUCCCAUUAAACUUCCAGAUAUUGAUAUAAACAAAGCUGAAACCCGUGUUAGGUGAGUCAUACUUGUUUGUUGUUGCCGUUGUUUCUCAUUAAAAAAAAGGAUCUACAUCAGUCGCAGAACAACCCGAUUCAGCUGAUACAACUUGUGGAAAGUAAUCCGGGGUUGCAUUGGUUUCAUAUUACUUUGCUCUCGCGCACUUACAUUCUAAACCAAUCAGGUUAGCAGUUGUGAUUAUGUCCGUUAUGGCUUAAAAGCAGUUUAUUGAAAUGCGUGCAAUAAUACGAUUGACAUUGCACGCGCACAGUCUGAACAAAACUUUUAAACAUAUUAUUACCGGGGUGUCUAUUGGAGUAUCCAACGUUACAUAUGCUUAUCCUGGUGGGCAACUUUAUGUAUUAAUGUGCACUUACUUCUUUUCUCUCAGGGUGAUUUACUCUGGUGCGGCUAAUCUUCCCGAGAGGGUGGAUGUGGAAUUCAAGUCCAUUUUGAGCAAAGUCGAACCGACCGUUUUGAAGAACAUUGGAAUUGAGAACUCAUCGUACAGUCUCAUAGCAACUGGAGAGUGAGUGUAGGAUUUCACGCCAGGUUUUCUGACCUCAAUUUAGCGCCACACUCGAAAUUUUAUUUGUCCAGUCCUGUCUGCCCCUUUAAAAGCGCGUCUCCUCCCUGAAGCGCGUUGCGUGUUGUGUUUUGCGAGUGUGUCCCGUUAACCAUCACGCAUGACACAAUCCAGUUUGUACCUCUCAGCCCAUCAAGGAAUGACGCUGAAAGCUUUAAGAAUGGAAGUAAACAUAGAGAGUAAGCGAAUGUAAGUGACAAAAGGAUGACACGUGGCAGAAUUACUGAUACAAAAAGUGGUCCUUAAUUCUAACAAGUUAUUCAAAACUUGAUUACAAGUGUUGAAUAACUAAUUGCAAGGAAGGAGAGACAUAGGUUCUUGGAAGCUUUCAAGUGGUGGUUGUUAAAAAUUUCCUUUGGCGAUUUGUUUUGUUACACUACUGAUAACUUUUCCUUUCUUUUGAUCUUCAAUUUUCUAUCACUGUAGGUACUACAUAAAUACUAUCAUGCAUGCAACGAAUGGCGCAAAGUUUCACUCCAAGGUGAGUGCCAAUGUUAGGAGAUGGACGCAUUAGAAUGCAUAACAUUAUCAGUUUUACAAUAGAACUAGUUAUUUGUAUUUCAAUAAAUCACCUCAUUGGUGGAUAUUAUGAAAAAAGAACCAAUCGCGACUUCAGAGGGGCAAACGGAUAACCGAAGAGAGUGUGGAAAAGUGAAAUGAUUUAAAUAGUUCGUUCGGAGAGUCCUAAGAAGGAUAACGCUGACCAUCAAAUGAAAACGUGGUGCACCAUUGAACUGGAUAGAGCUCGUGAAAAUACCUUACAAACUUGCAUCGAGUGUUUUAUUACAAAAGAUAAUGUCUUUCAGCUUAAUGCGUUUCAGAAUGAGAAAAUCUUUGGAGAAUCUUCCUCCCCGCGCCGUUUCUUUUUCGUAUUGGGAGCGUUUACAUCGCGUACAUUUAUUGCCUUGCAACCCAAAAAGCUUUAUCAACAUAUUUAGAGAGUAAUCGUCUCUAAUAUUUUCUUGACUGAUUUCUCUCUUUUUCUUAACUUUUGCCAUUCUAGGAACAAAAUAGGAAAAUCAAAUUUGGCAACUUUGGUGGUUAUACUGUGGUCAUUCGCCCGCCUGAAGGAGAUUAUAACUCAACCCAGGUAAACAUUGGGUACCUUGUGCCAUCUACUUUGUAUUUUGUGCAUGUAACAAUACAUCUAAGCAUGUAACAAUUCAUCUAUUUUGAAUCUUUGAAACAUGUGAAUACAUUAUUCCACCCUUAUUUGUUCUAUUUUGUCAGUUUGAUACUUCAAUGUACGAGGAUGCCCCAGGCACAACUGUGUCUCGACUGCUCCAAGUUCCACAGUAUGUCGUGCUGACAGCAUCUGAAGUCAUGUUCUCUGUGACUGGUUUGGGUUUUGCUUACUCUCAGGUGACCAGGUUACUUCAUAUCCAUCCGCCCACCAACGAGUAGGCUCUUAUUCGCGUUGUGACGUUAGUGGGACUGGUUGCGAGAUUUGCGCCAGCGCAUGCAGCGAGCGCACAGGAGGUUUGAAAGGAGCCUGGCACAAAAAAAGGGAAUCAGAACCCUUUCAUUCCUCUCGCACGCUCGGAUUGCCCGCCGGCUCGAAUUCCGCGAGCAUCGCCAUUCGUGUCGAAGCGUUACUGAGAGCCUGCUCGUAGCUUAUAUGAAAGUUCAUUGUCGGAUCGUGCGUGUUCAUAAAAAUCUUGCAAAGAGGCGAAAAAGUCUGGACACGAGCACUAGAGAAAAGCGUGAAGGAGUGGGGAAGGUGUUGUUUCCCCUUUCGAUUGUAAGGGUUAGAUAGGAUUUUUUUUCUGAGUGGGAAACAUAGUAUUUUUGUGUCUUGAUUAUUAAGGGGAUAGACAGGAUAUUGUGACAAAGAGAUCAUUUUGGCAUUUUUGGUUGUUCUACUCUCAAUAUUUGUGUUGACAAAGAGGAGGGUCACAUAACCAGGGUACCUCAAGAAAGCUAGGUCUUAUGCUCAUGGCUGAUCAAUGCUCGUCUCCGUGUUUCAGGCUCCCGCCAGCAUGAAGUCAGUAUUGCAGUCUUUCUGGCUUCUAACAGUUGCUUUUGGUGACCUCAUUGUAGUUAUCUUGGCUUCCGUUUUACCAGCAAUAGGCGUGGUGAGUUAUGUAAUCAUGAAACACGAAUUGAUUAUGGUAUAGCAAUUCUUGCCUUGAUCAAAUGCAUGUGUUUAACCCUUAAACCCGCAAGAGUCCGAGUGUCAUCAAAUCUGGAUCAACUCACUAAUGACAAAGGCCAAUCAGAGGCAAGGCACAUGAGAAGAAAGGAAUUAUUAAGACUCCAAGUAAAAACACAUAGCGCGUCUUGUGCGCGGGAAAACGCACGUGGUUAAGUCGUGAAUGGUAUUGGUUUUGCAUCUGAUUGGUUAAAAAAUGGGUCUCGAGUUUUGUGGACCAAUCACAUAAGUUAGUUAAUCAAAACCAAUGAAAUGUCGGAUUUUUUGGACACUCAACUGAAAAUUGCUCUUGCGAGUCUCGAAUUCUCUUUACAAAGAGGCGAAUUGGUUGUAAAUAACAACUUUUCUUUUCUGUAGGAAAGGGAAAUGUUUUUGUAUGGAGGUCUUAUGGGCGUGAUCGCCAUCGUGUUUGGCAUCAUGUCUUACUUCUAUAAAUACGUGACCCCUGAGGAAUUGGGAGAAAACGAGAGAAAUGAAGAAAAAGAGAAUCUGGAAAUAAACGGAAUCGCUCUUGAGGAUCGUCACUCUGGCGACAACACCAAAGUCUAACAUGGUUUGCUUUUUGAGGCAUACAGACGUUCUCUUUCUCCCUGUAUACUGAAGUGCUUUGGAGCUUUAUCGCGGUUUGUUCACCUCCAGGUUCGCCACUUGCAGCCCAUCAUCAGUCAUACGCCUUUUGCACUUUUCUUCCCGUGCAAGUUGAUAUUUCUAAUGUGUUCUCCUUCAAACUGAAGUUAAUUUUCCUCUGCACAAAAAUUGAAUUUAAAAAAACGUGAUGAGCAGAUUUUUAGAUGAUUCUGGAGCUUUUUAAAGUCGUAGUUAAAGACAAAAUAUCAGAAAAAAAUAGUUGCAGAUGUCAAUAUUUAUAUCUUGUCUAUAUUCAAAGUACUUGUAUUGAAGAGUAUUUGUUUUUCAUAAAAAGAACGUGAUGAGCAGAUUAUUAGAUGAUUCUAGAGCUUUUUAAAGUCGUAGUAAAAGACAAAAUAUUAACAAAAAAAAGUUGCAGAUGUCUGUUUUUACAACUUGUUUACAUUCAAAGUAUUUGUGUUGAAGAGUAUUUGUUUUCCUUAAAAAAACGUGAUGAGCAGAUUUUUAGAUGAUUUUGGGACUUUUUAAAGUCGUAGUUAAAGACAAAAUAUAAAAAAAAAGGUUGCGGAUGUCUGUUUUUAUAUCUUGUUUACAUUCACAGUAUCUGUAUUGAAGAGUUUUUUUUUCCUUAAAAAAAAGUGAUGAGCAGAUUUUUGGAUGAUUCUGAGGCUUUUUAAAGUCGCAGUUAAAGACAAAAUAUAAAAAAAAGGUUGCAGUUGUCUGUUUUUAUAUCUUGUUUACAUUGAAAGUUUCUGUAAUGAAGAGUAUUUUUUUCCCCUUACUUUGGAACAAUAAUUUUUUCAUGAACGUGAUGAGCAGAUUUUUAAACGAUUCUGGAGCUUUAUAAAGUCGUAGUAAAAGACAAAAUAUCAGAAAAAAUAGUUACAGAUGUCUUUUUUUAUAUCUUGUUUACAUUCAAUGUAUCUGUAUUGAAGAGUAUUUUGUUACUUUCUUUUUGAACAAUAAUUUUUUCGUGAACACGUUACUUCCUCUGAAGAUCGUCUUUUUGUCCGAAAAUAAUCUAAAUAAUUAUUUUUUCAUGAACACUUCACUUCCUAUGUAUGACCGUCAUUUUGUACAGAAUAAUCUGGACAAUCAUUUUCGCCUCCAAAUCCUUGAAAGAAGAGAGCGGUUACCUCGUUACCAGGGUCUCUCUUCAUUUAGAAGUGGAGCGACCUGGUUACAAGGUUUCACGUGAUAGGGGAUAACAGUUUUAAUUGGCGGUUUGUAUUGAGACUAGUGCCAAGUGUUCCUGUUUUUGACGAGGCUCUGUUGCGUUUCCCGCUGAACACCCCUCCAUUUGAAUGCACAUACCUUCGAAGAAGCAAGCUAUUUUCAAUUCUAAUUUUAUAUUAUUUUGUAACUUUAAGAAGUUGACGAUUUUUAAUGAAUUUUCUGGAGAGGGGGCUCUUCGUGAAAUCAAUUAUUUUUCUUUUUUUUUUCAGUGUUCUUUUUAUUUGUGCUUAAUAUUACCAUUGCGUUAUUGAACUAUUUUAGGAAUGUGUAAUGUAUGUCAAGAACUACAGCUGCUUGAACCAUUUUCUCUACCAUUUUUUAGAUUUUAUUCGUUUAUGUCGUUCAUUUAAUUCACUGACUUCUGAAAUAUAUAUUAAGUAGCUAUGAUAAAAAAGCAUGGUUGAAGAAUAUUAUUUUUUUUAAUACAGUUUUGAGAAAAAUACCUGAUGUAUGAAGUUUUGUAGUAGAACAAAAUUUUGAAAAGUAGCGUUGAGAUUUAAUUGCCACAAUCAAUUCCCAUUUUUUCAAGAAAUAUUAAGCUAUUUUCGGAUUUAUUAUUUGCUUAUUACGGAGUGACCACUUUUUAGUGCCUAAAUUGUGUUAAUUUUCAUGCCAUAGCUUCAAUUUUUAACUUUAUUUUUUAAUUUCAGUUUUCGUAAUAAUAUUUUAUACUUUUCUACUAUAUAUUUUUACGGAGUGACCACUUUUUAGUGCCUAAAUUGUGUUAAUUUUCAUGCCAUAGCUUCAAUUUUUAACUUUAUUUUUUAAUUUCAGUUUUCGUAAUAAUAUUUUAUACUUUUCUACUUUUACAUUAUAUAUAUUUUUACAGAGUGACCACUUUUUAGCUCCCAAGUUGUGUUAAUUUUUAUACCAUAGACCAUAAACCAUAUUUUAUACCAUUUUUAUUUCAGUUUUCGUAAUAACAUUUUAUACUUUUCUGCUUUUACAUUAUAUAUAUUUUUAGAGUGACCACUAUUUAGUGCCCAAAUUGUGUUAAUUUUUAUACCGUAGCUUAAAUUUGUUACUUUAUUUUUUAUUUCAGUUUUCGUAGUAAAAUUUUUAUACUUUUAUACUUUUUUACAUUAUAUAAAUUUUUACAUUUUGAUAUAAUUUCUUUCGUCAAUAAAUGGUUGAUUUGUUUAUCAUUGGUUUUUCUUUUGAGGUCUGGCGCUUUUUUGAGCUCGAGACUGGAAUACCGCGAAAUUCGACUCUAAGAUCUUCUUUUCCGUAUUUGCAUUGGACAGACAUCCGAUCUCCGCGGGUUUUUUUAAUCUUCAUUUUACGUUAAAAUAUUUUUUUAUUUAUUUACUCAACUUUAAUUAUACAGAUCUUAACAUACAAAUUGUAGAUAAAUUAACAAUUAAAAUAAAUAAAAAUAAAAAAAAAAUCACAAGAUCUGAAUAAUUGGGUCAGUUUAUACAGAAUACGAGGAUUCUUUAUAAAAAUAAACUUCCUCAAUUAAAAAACAUAUAUAUAUAUAUAUAUAAUUAUACAAGUUUGCUCAUGACAAUAUAUUAUUAAUCAAUUAUAAAAAUCUAUCUUUAUCACCUUAAAUUUAUUACGAUAAAAUUUAUUAAUACUGUUCUUAAAUGACGAGAAAUGUUCAAAUGUUCUGAUAUCUUGUGGUAGUGAUAUCUAUUUAUCUACCCUACGUGUAUUAGAAGUUGUCUUGCGCAGGUAAAUGCAGUGGGGAUCCUGUGGCGGCAUUAUGUCGGCUACAGGGCUUGCCUCUACAUUUUAAAUUGAUAUUUAUUCUGGCUCUGACCUGAGAUUAUAUCUGUUUGCGUUUGGAUUAUCUCAGCUAACCACGACUUCAAAAGGUCAAGUGAAAUUACACGAAAUCUUCAUUUGUUUUUCUAUUUGUUCUGACUGUUUUCAUUUGUCCUUGAUAAUUGUUUUCCCGAUCAUCUUGCGCGCUCAUUGCCGGCACAUUAGGGUUUAUUGAACCGAAAAUCACAAAGACAGUUUGGUAAGGUGCGCCAUUCACCUUGAUUGGUUCAGCGGUUAAAUAGCAAACGUGCUAAACAAGCAGAGGAUAAAAGUUACUGAUCUAAACAAAUCAUAUGAGAAAGGCCGAGAAUAUUUUAGCGGAAAUCAUUUAGUUUCAAAACUUGCUGUUCCUUGAUCGAAAGGGUCACUGUUACGCUGCGCCCUGUAGUACAGAUAAUACCGCAAAUUUUGAUUCUGCGAAAAGGUAUUAGGUAUGAGAUUGGUGUCAGCGAAAGAUAGGCGUAAAACGUUGAUCCUUGCAGCCGCCGUUAUUGUGGUCGGAAUCGCUUUCCUUAUCGCAGGGAUAAUCUUGCUCGUCAAAAAAAAUGGCUCUCAUUGUAAAGCACAGUACGAAACUAGUGCUUUACACAAGAGGCGUGUACAAAGAUGCGAUUAUUCAGAAGAAGCCAAACGACAUGGACUUGAAGCUUUUUUGCAAAAAGUGCAAGACAAAACUUUUGACGUGCAACCGUUUUUAAUUUCACUUAAGCCUAAAGUGACUGCAUCGGAGGUCAAACUUAAGUACAAGGCGUAUAAUCCGAGGCCUUCAAAUCUUCUUCACGUAACAGAUACAGCAAAAGCUCUUUUGCGAGAGCUAAACGGUAUGGCCAUCAACGAAGGCAAGCUUAAGUCAAGAGAAAGAAAAUCUCUGGCACAAGUUCGACAUUUUCUUAGGCACAUCUUUGGAGCGCCCUUCGAUGGAAACUACUACCUUGGAGACUAUCUUCUUGGACCGAAUGUGUUCUGUUGGCAGCCGAUUUGCUCGGUGGGGGUUUUGUUAGAGAAGACCCUUCCCUUUUUCAAACCCUCGGACGUACAAGGAUUGAAUAUUCUAAUCGAGAAGUUGUACGAAGUAAACCAAACAUUUCAAAUCUAUAUCGAUAACUUGCGCUACGGAGUGAAAGCUGGAAUGGUGCGCAGCGUGGAGGAAUGUAAGGCAGGACUCGACGCUAUGCAAACUUACUACUUCAAUAUUUCGUUUAGCGGACCAAGCGGUAGGUUUAUAACUUCAAAAUUUAAUAACACAUGUUCCUCUAAUUACUUUACAAGUCCUUAUUUUCCAAUUUGAUAGCACCUGAUAAGGGUAUUUCAGUUUAGUUUUUGCUAAUGAGAAUCUAAGUUUCCUAAGCAGUCAAAAGUCAGCCAACAUAAAGUGUCUUAUGAAGGGCUUCCUUUUCUAAAGGACCUAUUUCAAAAAAUAUUCUUUGGAACAAAAACCGAUUCUUAAAGUUCUAUUUUUCCUAUGGGGUGAUUUAUUCAUAAAACUUAAGUUUUCAGCGUAAAGCGGGUCAUUACAAGGAUUAUUAUGUCAUCUUAAAUGAUAAAUUAAGAAAAAGGGUGUUUUCCUUUGAAAACGUUACACAAUACACUUGUUUGAUUGUUAAACUUUGUUUUCCUAAGAGUUUAACUAAAAGUGUAAAUUAAAGAACUUUUUCUAAUAAAAAAACACAAACUGCUAAGGAAGCUUUUGACGCAGUGUUCGAUGUCAGACCACACACUUUCCUCUUUAAAACAUCAUUGUUACAGAAUUCAGCUUUAGUCAACAAUAAAGGUAUAGUUGUCGCGAUGAAGCAGAUUUUCGACCAGCUAAACUGUAAUCGAAUAUGGAAUGUGUGAUCUGCGCUUAUUACAAAUAUUUACACAAAAAGAACAAAGAGUAAAUGCUUUUUAAAUCUGACGCUAAAAACCUUAAUGUCCUUCAUUAGCAGAAUACUUAAUAUUGGGCCCAUCUGCUCUAAACGGGUAUUAGUUUUGAAAAAAAAAAAGGGAAUUUUCUUUGCGAGAGCAGACCUGGUUGGAGGGAAGGUACCAGUGUCUUUUCACGCGUCACACUGACGCUAAAAAUUCGUCUGAUUUAAUCUAUAACCUUUUUGUGUUACACAGAUAUUAACCUUCAAUGCUGAUUUUUAUUGGACCAACUAUUGUUGUUAUUUGUGCGUAUUUCAGGCGUUUUCAACGAGACUUACAUGCAAGGAAUCUUAAAAUCAGAAUUUUUAUCCAAGUUGGAGAAUAACUCAGACCUGUUGAAAGAGUGGCGUGAGAAGCACGCGGGAAAGACUCCGUCAGAAUCACUCCGGGAGAGCGUCUUGGAAUACGUGGGAAGGCCAAUUUACGAAUUACUAAGGUAAGUUGGUGCAUUGCAUUGAUUCCCUUGUUGUAUUGGGCAUUGUCUGAUUUAGCCUCGCUAUCGUGCUCUGACAAGCCUCGAACGGGGAUCAAAUGCAAAGUAGGACUUUGAUUGGGCAAGGAAGGUUUGUCAACUAUAAGGGGAGAUUCGUUUGUAUACAAGCCCAUGAGACAUGCAUUCGAGACAAAAAAUCCGGCAGUCUUGCGAGGCGCUUUUCUCUCACUGCUAAGCUCACAAUAGAAUCGCUACAGCCUAAGAAAGGAAUGAAAUGCUGUAAAUGAAACGAGAAAGUGGGCCGGGGAGGGGGGGUGAGGAUAGCGUAGAACAAGGAAGGGGUGGAAAGGGGUUAAUUGUAAUGAUACCAGGACUAACCUUACCAAAAGGUUUACAUUUCUUAAGAUACCUUAAGCAUGUACACAUGCAACACUGUGUGCCGAGCAGUGUGUCCAGCGGUUUGUCCUUCCUCCCGCUCUCCUUCGUGUAUGUCAAUGGAACCGCAGACAUUAACCGAAAAACCACAAAAGUGCUACCGUCAGGAGAACCUCUGAACGGAUCGCGGGCUUACGUCGAAAUUCUUUCAUACUUCACUACCACAUAUAAUACCCCGGAUGAAGUGCACGAACUUGGAUAUAAAAUGCUUCACAAACUUUACCCUGAGGUUAGUAAAGUUUACUUUGUUUCAGGUCGGUUUUCAUACUAUUCAAAUCGACGUCAAACGAAGUCGAACAAAAAUAAGCAAUGCCAAGUCUCAUAAGUGACUGAGAGAGAAUUUCUCCUUACAAUAUCAAUACAAUAUCAAACAGAAGAGUUACAAGAAUGAAGAAAAUAGUCAAUAAAGAAAUUAUCAGUUGAUCCAGUAUCAAAUUCUCCUAACUAACCUCGCUAGAAUUGUAUGACAGACAUUAUGGUAGAUUGAUAGUGAGAUCUUAGGAGUGAGGGAGUUAACUCGUCAGUGCUCAGGUUUUGGUCACUGCAAGGGAAACAAAGUUGAAGAAUUUUCAGUUGAUAAGAAUUCAGUCCUAUAUAAAUGAUUUGACACUUGGUAAUAUGGAGCGUCUCCUUAGGACAUGAGCGCUGAUAAUGGGACUGAAACAUCUCUUUUUAGACGCUGAACGGCUUAACAUAAAAACACAAAAUUUAUCGUUUUUUAGGCUCUUGAAGUAGCGCGUCAAUUCACCGGGCGAAACAACAACAAUACAGCAAAGGAAGAGUUCGUAAAAAUGAUUAAUCACUCUGAUAUGUUUUUCAACGACCAACCCAUUCCGGCUCAUGAGUCUGGCAGCACCGCGUUCAGGCUUUGCAGUUCAGUGGAAGGCGCGAGGCAAAACUGUCCACAUCGCUGGCGAGCCAUUCAGCGAUGGUUCACAGAAACAAGGGAGGUAACAGUUACAGAGUUUUUUCCGCUCUGUCGCCUCACAUUUCUACCAUCUUUUUUGUGCCGCUCUUUAUAACUCUCAGAGAUUGAAGCAGUUUUUCUAUUCCCAGGUCAUGAGUAUGUUAGAUCCAAAAACUUCCCAGAUGUUCUACUUCACGGGAAAGAAACACUCAACUCCGAACUGUCCGCUGGAAAUUGUGCCGGAUUUCAAUCCUUCAGCUGGCGUACCGAGUUACUUGAAAAGUGACAGCAAGUGCAGUAGGAACGCUAAGUACUUCAUUCCUUUCUUUCUUGAGAGGCCUGGGCCUAGGUAUAUGCAAUGGAGCGUGAACGCUCAUGAAGCGAGACCAGGGCACCACACUCAGGUGAGUGCGAUUACAGUUGCUAGAGCGUUUCGGAUUUGAUUGUUUUAAAACAAAAAUCGCCUCAUGUUUCUUCCCAAAGAAUAGGAGAAAUUAUGUAGGGGGACAAUUUAACAAUAGCCACCCACAUGAGCUUGGGAACCGGAAAAACCCAGUAAUUAAUUCUCUCUCUUUUAGCGACAAGGUUAUGCCGAACAUUUUCAGGACUCUUGUGGUGGUAUAAUCAGGUGGUUGUCAUCAGUGACAUCAUACACCGCGUUUGUAGAGGGCUGGGCCCUAUAUGCUGAGAACCCACUCAUUGCAUAUGAUACAGAUGUAUACGAAGGGCAUCCGCUGUACAAAUAUGGAAUGCUCAAGUCUCAGGUAAGAGAAUCAGAAGUAAGAUGACUGUUUAUCACAAGAACCGCGAGUAAUGCUGUUUAUAGGGACAGUCUGAUCCACGACUUCUUUAAAAUCAUAUUUGACUGGAGUGAAGCGAACACAUGACAGUCCAUUAAAUCGAUAACUUAAGUCUUACGGUACCUAAAGAAACAACUUGGGAGUUGGAGUAUUUUAACUACCAGUGAGGGGAGGCCUAGUAAGUAGGUUACAGAACUUCCUGGAGGGAAUCAGGUAAAUUUUAUCAUACAAAACCAAAAUCAUCCCCUCCCCCCCCCCCUCACUUACCCUUACCCUUGCUUAGGAGGGCCUAAGUAAAUUUUCAGUACGAGUUCUAUUUCACUGUUCGGCGUAUUUACCUUUGCUAUAACUGACUGUUGAGAUAACUUGUGUUUUACGAUCGACGCCUAAUCGAAACGCGCUCUUCUAUAUCGUUUUACGUCAUAAAGAUUUACCCAAAUGUAAUUUGGCUUACCCUCGCGAUGGCAUGUUUGGAUUUUAGCUAUGGCGCGCUCUACGCAUGGUAGUGGACACUGGGUUACAUUCCAAACGACUCACAAGAGAGGAUGCACUGAAUAUGUUCCAGAAAUACGUAUGGGAUGAUAGCGACAUCACACUGAAAGAAGUCACUAGAUACCAGAGCGCGCCCGGUCAGGCAACCUCGUAUAUGGUUGGUCAACUACACAUCAUGAAACUGAGACAAUAUGCUAAAAAGAGACUGGGAAAGAAUUUCAAUUUGAAAGAUUUUCAUUUCCACGUGUUAUCCCAGGGGUCUGUGCCGCUCGAGUUUCUGGAGCAGAGCAUUGAAGAGUACGUAGAUUGUACGCUUAACAAACAAAAAGAUGGCUGUGGUGACAUACUCGCUCCACAGACUCCAGAUUUUCAAGAAAACGGUGAUGACAGCAACAAACGAGAAACUCUGGAUACCCUAGAGAGAAAACUGUAUUUUUGA